UUAUAGGCCAACACUAUCCACUUGCAAUGUAAUACACACCUAUGACUCGACCCUCUGGGUCGUCUUCUAUCGAUGGAAGCCAUGGAAUCACUUUGGCUGGGCUGUUCGUUCAAUGAUCAAGGUAUCUCAGGUAAAUCUUGGGCGUGGGCCGGUGUUCGUUCUCAUUCGUUGGCACAACAACGUGUAUCUCUUUUUGGAGCUCGUAACUCUUGACUGGAGUGCAUCCGAGAGAGCCACGGUGCCAAUGGGUGGGUUCGUUCUGAGAUUAUACGGUCAAAACUUGAUCUGGAUAAUACCAGCGAAAGGAUCAUGCCUUCCCUCUGUCCUGUGUUGUCCACGUCCGUGGAAUAGCUAACCAGUUACAGACUCAAAAUGUCUCCCCCAGCUGCCAUCUUUGAGCCCGCUGUGGCCCCAUCUCCCACCAUCAGGGCCAAGGUUGUGGUCCCUGAGACUGUUCCUGCCUCUGGAACCUCCCAGACUCACCUCCUUGACCAUUUCGGUGGCAAGUGGGAUGACUUCAAGUUCGCUCCUAUCAGGGAGAGCCAGGUCUCUCGUGCUAUGACCAGACGCUACUUCCAGGAUCUGGACAAGUAUGCCGAGAGCGACAUUGUCAUUGUCGGUGCUGGCUCCUGUGGUCUGAGCACUGCGUACGUGCUUGCCAAAGCUCGUCCUGACUUGAAGAUUGCUAUCAUCGAGGCCUCGGUCUCUCCUGGUGGUGGUGCCUGGCUCGGAGGCCAGCUUUUCUCUGCCAUGAUCCUCCGCCGUCCUGCUGAGGUCUUCCUCAAUGAGGUUGGCGUGCCCUACGAAGAAGACCCGGCGAACCCCAACUACGUCGUCGUCAAGCACGCCUCUCUCUUCACCUCCACCUUGAUGUCCAAGGUCCUCUCCUUCCCCAACGUCAAGCUCUUCAAUGCCACCGCUGUUGAGGACCUGGUCACCCGGCCCUCCGCUAGCGGUGACGCCAAGGACACCCAGAUUGCCGGCGUGGUCGUCAACUGGACCCUCGUCACCCUCCACCACGACGACCACUCUUGCAUGGACCCCAACACCAUCAAUGCGCCCCUGGUCAUCAGCACGACCGGUCACGAUGGCCCCUUUGGUGCCUUCUGCGCGAAGAGACUCGUGUCGAUGAACACCGUUGACAAGCUCGGUGGCAUGCGCGGUCUUGACAUGAACUCCGCCGAGGACGCUAUUGUCAAGAACACCCGUGAGGUCGCCAAGGGUCUGAUCAUCGGUGGAAUGGAGCUGUCUGAGAUCGACGGCUUCAACCGUAUGGGGCCUACCUUUGGCGCCAUGGUGCUCAGCGGUGUCAAGGCUGCCGAGGAGGCCCUUAAGGUCUUUGAUGAGCGUCAGCGCCAGUGUGCCGAGUGAACGGCUGCUGUGAAUGCUGGAUGCAAUGCAAUUUGGUGAUGGAUGGAUUUCCAUUUCACUCUUUCAUGACAUGGAUUGAUCACGAAUAGUCUCAAAAAUGACACUCAAUUGAACUCUUU